GGGUACGUCGCAUAUAACGACAACAACAAGGAGAUCGUUGUUGGGUACCGCGGCAGCCACUCAUUCUUUGACUGGAUGACGAAUCUCAAUUUCGCCAGGUCUAGAUGGCCAUCGAAUGUGUCCGGCUCCGAGGUGCAUACAGGGUUCAUAAAGGCCUACCAAGCGACCGCAUCUGCCGUAAAUAACGCAAUUCUGACUCUGGCAGACAAGUACCCAGCAUACAACAUCGUGUUUACCGGUCAUUCGCUCGGUGGCUCGCUGGCUGCCAUCAAUGCUGCCGAUUUUGUGACUAUGUUCCCAACUCUGACUAAUCGCGUGCAGCUGUACACAUACGGCCAGCCGCGGACUGGUAACGGCGCAUUUGCGAGCUGGAUCCAAAACAAGGAGUUCCCGAUCUAUCGCGUUGUGUACCACCGCGACUUGGUUCCCCGCCUUCUUCUUACCACUAUCGACUACAAGCAUCACAGCCAGGAGGUAUGGUAUCAGCCAUCGGGCGGAACAAAGUUUUGCGGCGCCAAUGGCGAAAGUCGUGACUGCGAGAACAGUGUCCUCUAC